AUGCACCACUAUAGCGUUGUAGUGCCGCUGCUGGUCGCGCUGUACCUCGUGUCCGCGGCGCUCGCGCUCUCGGCCAGCGCGCGCCGCGCCGAGCCCGACCUCACCUUCGCCGAGUCCGUCUACGCCAAAAUGUCCGGUGCAUGCAGGGCGAUAAUGGACUUACGCUACAACAGCAUGAAUGAUCAAAACGAUCUGAUUAAAACAAUGAAAAUAAUACAAUUAGAUGGCACUACCGUCAGAAAUUUUCCAAUUACAGAAGCAUUCGUUGGUUUAACUAAGCCUGGAAUUUUCGAUAUAACGAAGCAGACAAAAAUUAUUAUCCACGGUUAUAAAGACAGUUCGCAAUCUGCGGUGCCGCUGGAUUUAGCAAAUGCUUACAACGAUAAGAAAAUGUUCAACGUACUGCUACUUGAUGCGGAAGAAAUGAAUAAAGAUGGAUAUAUUUUAUCUGCACAUAAUGCUCGUCUUAUAGGCAAGAGACUUGCAAAUGUCUUGGCUAAUCUGGAACAUUUUGGAGCGAAUGCCGAAGAUUUUCAUCUUUUGGGAAUAAGUCUUGGAGCACACGUCGCAGGAUGGGCCGGCAAAUAUUUUCAACAAUAUAAAGCGCGUAGUUUGGGUCGUAUCACUGGAUUGGACCCUGCGGGCCCUUGCUUCUCGUACGCGUACAGUGGCCAAAGAUUAGAUAAAUCAGAUGCUUCCUACGUAGAUGUGUUGCACUCAAACCGAUUAGUGCAGGGAAUAAUAGAACCUCUAGGUCAUGCAGAUUUCUAUAUCAAUGGCGGAGGACCAAACCAGCCAGGAUGUUUCAUGCCCUCUUGUAGUCAUCUUCGUGCUGCAGAAGUUUACACGGAGAGCAUUAGAUCACCGAAAGCCUUUAUUGGUGUUCGCUGUCAGAGCUGGAAGCAUUUCGAAGAAAAUGCUUGUGAAAAAGAUGAAUAUGCAGUAUUGGGGUACGGGUCAUCAACAGCGACUCGUGGACUUUACUAUUUACGCACUUCACCAAAGUCUCCAUUUGCACUCGGAAUGGAUGGGACGAAGAAAAAGGAACCACCAGUCUCUAGUAACUGGUUAAAAAGUUUUAGUUUAGGUGACUUAAAUUUAAAUAUGUGAUUUUAAGUGCUAGUUCAAUUUUGUGGUGUGUAUUAAAUCGUUGCCAUACUUUUUUAUAAAUUCGACUUCUGUGAUUGUGUACCAACGUUUCAAAAAUGCACAAAAGAGGUUUCUGUGGAUGUCACAAAUACAUUGCACAAGACAUUUCUUAAGCCGUCUUGGAUUAUUUAUAACAAGUGGUGUAUCCCCAAGUGUCCGCUGGAUACAAAACAAAGGAGAAACUACUUAACAGUUUCGCAAGCGCUCUUGUUAACCGUUAUAAAUUCAAAGUAAAUGCAAGAUCGACUUCGAAUUGGACAUCGUGGAACAACAAAUACGAAGUGUAAAUAAUUUAUUCGUCACUUCAUUAGCAAACAAUUCGCAUUGCGAUCCACUUCCCAACAUCAUUAUAUAAUUAAAAGCGAGGAUUUUAUUGUAUUUCGUGAGUGCUGGCUGUGUGACGGCUUACAGAGACACCGGUGUUUCUCCUUAACUAUGUUGACGUACGUGGCGUGUAGUGUAACCAAAGUAACAAGCAAGUGUUUGUAAUAUUAUUCAAAGUAUUAUGUUUAAUAAAUACCCAGAAUUUAAAA